AGAAGCUCAUAUUUGUGCAACUGUCUGGAAAGAUCCUGUUGUCUGCGGACAGGCAGGCAGGCAGACAGUCUUUCGGGUGUUCUUGACGCUGAGUGUCCCAGCAGCCUGCUCAGAGGCGGCCGGUGGGAGGAAGCAGAGACACCGCAGCCGCAGCAGCUUCACCCGACGCAGCCUCUCUAACAACCGCAAGAGGAAGGACCCAUCAACUCUAACCGAUGUCUACGGAGUUGUCAGAAGGUCAAGACCUUAACAGGCUGGAUGAAGAAGAGCAGACAUCUGAAGCACAGAGCAGACUGAUAAGCAACAAAAUGGCGUCUAUACCAGAGUACUACGCGGGCAAGAGCGUGCUGAUCACAGGAGCCACUGGCUUCAUGGGGAAGGUGCUGGUGGAGAAGCUGCUGAGGUCCUGUCCUGAUGUGAAAGCCCUCUACAUCCUAGUUAGACCCAAAGCGGGGCAGUCCAUGAAGCAGAGGGUCAGCAACAUGAUGAAAUGCAAGCUUUUUGACCGAGUGAGGGAGGAGAACCCAGAUUUCCACCAGAAGAUCAUCCCGAUCAGCAGUGAGCUGACGCAGCCCAGCCUGUCCAUCAGCUCGGAGGACGUGGAGAGGCUCACCGCCUGCAUCAACAUCGUCUUCCACUGCGCCGCCACCAUCCGCUUCGACGAGCCGCUCAAACACGCCCUGCAGCUGAACGUGAUCGCCACGCAGCAGCUCCUCAGCCUGGCCCAGCAGAUGCACCACCUCGAGGCCUUCAUCCACAUCUCCACCGCCUAUGCAAACUGCAACCGCAAACACAUCGAUGAGAUCAUCUAUCCACCGCCUGUCGAGCCCAAGAAGCUCAUCGAGUCUUUGGAGUGGAUGGACGACGGCAUCGUACGAGACAUCACGCCGCGGCUCAUCGGCGACAGGCCCAACACGUACACCUACACCAAAGCCCUGGCCGAGUACGUGGUGCAGCAGGAGCAAGACAAGCUCAACAUUGGCAUCAUCAGACCCUCCAUAGUGGGAGCCAGCUGGCAGGAGCCUUUCCCCGGUUGGAUCGACAACUUCAACGGGCCGAGUGGAAUCUUUAUCGCUGCGGGAAAGGGUAUCCUGCGCACGAUGAGGGCCAACAACGACGCGGUGGCGGAUCUGAUCCCGGUGGACGUGGUCAUCAGCCUGACCCUGGCCGCAGGCUGGUACACUGCUGUGCACAGGCCUAAAACAGCUCUGGUGUACAACUGCACAACUGGCAGCCUCAACCCAUUUCACUGGGGGGAGAUAGAGCACCAUGUCAUGUCGUCCUUUAAGAGGAACCCCUUGGAGCAGGCUUUCCGCAGGCCCAACGCCAACAUCACCUCCAACUACCUGAUCAACCAGUACUGGAUCCUGGUCAGCCACAAGUUCCCAGCCUUCAUCUACGACCUCUUCCUCCGUUUGUGUGGACAGAAGCCUCAGAUGAUGCGCAUCUUUAAUCGUCUGCAUAAGGCCAUCGGCCUGCUGGAGUACUUCAGCAGUCAGGAGUGGGAGUGGAACUCUGAGAACAUGAACAUGCUGAUAAGCCAUCUGACCCCCGCGGACAGGAAGAUGUUUAACUUUGAUGUGCGCCAACUGAACUGGCCCGAGUACAUUGAGAAUUACUGCAUCGGCACCAAGAAGUACGUCCUGAACGAAGACAUGUCCGACAUUCCCGCUGCCAGGCAGCAUCUGAGAAAGUUGAGGAACAUCCGGUACACCUUCAACACACUACUAGUCGUUUUCAUCUGGCGGGUGUUCAUCGCCCGUUCCCAGAUGGCCAGAAACAUCUGGUACUUCGUGGUCAGCCUUUGUUUCAAGUUCCUCUCCUACUUCCGUGCAUCCAGCACCUUAACCAACUGAGUCUUCCUCCCAGCCUUGAGCCAGAGAGAGGCAGCCCUCGCCUUCAGCUGUCUGCGGUAAACAAUAAACAAAAAAACAAAAAAAACACCUUAAACUCAGACGCUCUUGAUGUGGACAAACAGGGCUCUCUACAUGAGGCGUCUGCAGCUGAGUGAAGUUAGGAUAAUAACGAGGUCUAUUUGCCAUGUGGUCAUUUGUUGAGUUGGGAAACCUGUCAUCAAAAACUUGACAUUCCCUGUCAGAAAAACCCCAUCCAACAAAGAAAGGGUUGUCUUUUAUUUUCUACCUAAUGUUUCCUUCAAAGUGGCCAAUUAUAUAUGCAAUGAUACACCUUUUGUGUGACCUCCACCUUCCUUUCCCAACCUCUUGAGUCUGAGAAUAUCACCUUGCCUUGUGAUAUCUUUGUUUUCCAUACUUGAAAUGCACCAUUGCAGCAGAGGUGGAUGAUUUCUACAUCGUUAUUUUUUAUUUUAUUUUAUUCUCGAAUAUGUCUUGCAUUAUGUACGUCUACUGCCUUUUUAAGAUGAUGCUCCAGAUUAUUCAGACGAGUGUUAAACGCUAAAAUUAGCCCACAUGUGGCAUCAGAACGUUGAGACAUGCUAGUUCUUCUGUCGAGGUUCUGCUUUGUUUGUACAGCUGUUUGUACUGAACUGAGUUUACUACUUUUACAUCUUUAUACUUGCACCAAAAAAACAAGUAACAUUGUGUGUUAAACCUUGACAGUGUAGUAUAUAUAUAAAAAUAGUACAUCAGAGUAAAGUUUAUUUAUAUAGCAUAGUACAUACUGUACAUUGAGCUUUAAGUGAGCGAUUAAGAGUCAAAGUGGUAACCGGUAGCAACAUUCAGGUUUCUCUGAAAAAGGUAGGUUAUUAUGUCAUCUGCAUUGAUGCACACAAGCCAGCUAAAUGCUAAUACAAAAAGGAAGGAAAAAUCAGAGACCAAGUACACACCCAUGAGGGAUGCCACAUUUGACAGAAUGUAGAAACGCGGUUACAUAAGGGAUUAGACCUAUUUGUUAGACGUUCUUGGUAUCCCUCAUCCCAGUUUUAUUUUUUUUAAAAACAAUUUGACCUACCAAAAACUUGUAUUUGUUGAAUUUUUCUUGUGUGUUCAAAGGACCACAGAGCUUCUCUCUAACUGCAAAAAGUAGUUAAUGUAAUAGGCAAGCCUGAGGAAAACUGGGCAGUAUUGUCUACUUUGUGAGGUUUAACAACAAUAAACUGAAUGAGCUUAUAUGGGAGAAAAAGGGAAGAAAUGAAAUGUUUAUGCAAAAGUCAUGUUUGGUGUCUCUGUCUACGUUCGUUCGUACAAGGACUGCAUGAUGAAACGGUUGUGUCAAGUUUUCUCCAAAGAGCUACAGGGCUAUCUUAAUGCUGUAAUUCAUGUUGAUCCAUCUGGUAACAGCACUGUCUUUGUUCACUUAAAUGCAACGUACUGCUGGUGUAAACUUCAAGAAGGAGCAAACGGCAACGCAUAACAGAGAACAUCUUUUUCUUACUGGUGUCAUUUUUGCAAAUUGUUGACCAGCUGUUUUCCCUGCUCUAACGAGAUUCGGUCUGCUUAAAUAAACAAGAAGAUUAAAGUGC